CAGCGCCAAGCGCCUCUCCCCAAGUCUUCCAAGAUGAGCUACACGCUGGAGCCUCUAAGCAACCCGUCUUACCGGCGGGUGGCCGACAGCCGGACCACCUUCAGCCGGGCCAGCAUGUCGCCUUCGAGCGGCUUCAGGUCCCAGUCAUGGUCGCGGAGCUCCCCCAGCACCGUCUCUUCGUCCUACAAGCGCAACCUGGGCGCGGCGCGGGCUUCCUACGGCUCGACGGUGCUGAGCUCUUCCGAGAGCCUGGAGCUGAGCCAGUCGUCGCUCUUCAACGGCGGCGGCGGAGGCAGCGGCGAGCUGAAGCUGAGCCGCUCCAACGAGAAGGAGCAGCUGCAGGGCCUCAACGACCGCUUCGCCGGCUACAUUGAGAAAGUGCACUCGUUGGAGCAGCAGAACAAGGAGCUGGAGAACGAGAUCGCGGCGCUGCGGCAGAAGCAGGCGGGCCGCUCGCAGCUGGGCGACGCCUUCGAGCAGGAGCUGCGGGAGUUGCGCUGCGCUCUCGAGCAAGUCAACCACGAGAAGGCGGCGCUGCAGCUCGACUCGGAUCACCUGGAGGAGGACAUCCAGCGCCUCAAGGAACGCUUCGAGGACGAGGCGCGCCUCCGGGACGACACCGAGGCCAUCAUCCGCGCUCUGCGCAAGGACAUCGAGGAGUCGUCCAUGGUCAAGGUCGAGCUGGACAAGAAGGUGCAGUCCUUGCAGGACGAAGUGGCUUUCCUCCGCGGCAACCACGAGGAUGAGGUGGCCGACCUCCUAGCGCAGAUCCAGGCCUCGCACGUCACCGUCGAGCGCAAGGACUACCUGAAGACAGACCUGUCGUCCGCCCUGAAGGAGAUCCGCUCCCAGCUCGAGUGCCACUCCGACCAGAACAUGGUCCAGGCUGAGGAGUGGUUCAAGUGCCGCUACGCCAAGCUCACCGAGGCCGCCGAGCAGAACAAGGAAGCCAUCCGCUCGGCCAAGGAGGAGAUCUCCGAGUACCGACGGCAGCUCCAGGCUAAGAGCAUCGAGCUCGAAUCAGUCCGCGGCACCAAGGAGUCCCUAGAGCGCCAACUCACCGACAUCGAGGAGCGCCAUAACCACGACCUCUCCACCUACCAGGAUACGAUUCAACAACUGGAAAAUGAAUUGAGAGGCACAAAAUGGGAGAUGGCUCGUCAUUUGAGGGAAUACCAGGAUCUCCUCAAUGUCAAGAUGGCUCUUGAUAUUGAAAUUGCUGCAUACAGGAAACUUCUUGAGGGUGAAGAAACAAGAUUCAGUGCCUUCUCUGGAAGCAUCACUGGUCCAACAUUUACACAUAGGCAACCUUCAGUAACAAUAUCAUCUUCCAAAAUACAAAAAUCCAAAGUCGAACCUCCAAAGCUAAAGGUCCAGCACAAAUUUGUAGAAGAAAUUAUUGAAGAGACAAAAGUUGAGGAUGAAAAGUCUGAACUGGAUGAGGCCCUUGCAGCUAUGGCUGCAGAACUGGCUGCUGGAACAGCACCGGAAGAACAGGAAGAGGAGGAGGAAGCUGUAGAGGAAGAAAUUAUAGCCAAGAAAGAGGCCAGAGUUGAAGCAGCAGCUCCAGAAGCUGAGGAAGAAGAAGAAGAAGGAGAAGAGGAGGGUGAGGAGGAAGGAGGUGAGGAAGAUGAAGGUGCAAAGUCUGAUGAGGCGGAAGAAGGAGGCUCUGAAAAAGAAGAAGAAAAGAGUGAAAAGGAAGAGGGUGAGGAAGAAGAGGAGGAGGAAGCAGGGGAGGGAGAAGCUGGAGCUGAAAGCAAGGAAGAAAAAGAAGCAGAGGAAGAAGGUGAAGAGGUGGAAGAAACCAUUGCACCACAGAAAGUAGAAAAGACCAAAGCAUCUCCACCUAAAUCUCCUGCAGCAGAAGAAGCAGAGGAUGAUAAAGAAGCUGAAAGUGAAGAGCAAAAGGAGGAGGAAGGUGAAGAAGAGGAGAAGUCCACCUCCCCAGCAAAGGCAGGUUCUCCUGAGAAAGCAGAGACACCAGAGAAAGCAUCUCCAGAGAAAGCUGGGACACCUGAGAAAGGGUCUCCUGAAAAACCAGCAACUCCAGAGAAAGCAGGGACUCCGGAGAAAGGGUCUCCUGAAAAACCAGCAACUCCAGAGAAAGCAGGGACUCCAGAGAAAGCAUCUCCUGAAAAACCAGCAACUCCAGAGAAAGCAGGGACUCCAGAGAAAGCAACAUCUCCAGAAAAAGCAGGGACUCCAGAAAAAGCAACCUCUCCAGAAAAAGCAGGGACUCCGGAGAAAGCAGCCUCUCCAGAAAAAGCAGGGACUCCGGAGAAAGCAGCCUCUCCAGAAAAAGCUGGGACUCCAGAAAAAGCUGGGACCCCUGUGAAGGAAGUGGAAGAGACCAUCUCAGUCACUAAGGCAGCAAAAGUUGGUACAGAGAAAGAUUCCAAAGAAGAGAAGACAGAAACAAGUGUAAAAGCAUCCAAAGAGUCCACCAAAGAAGACAUAGCAGUGAAUGGAGAGGUCGAAGAGAAGGGUGAAGAAAAAGAAGACUCCAAGGCAAAACAAGUAGAGGAGGAAGACAAAGGGGUGGUGACCAAUGGCCUAGACAUAAGCCCCUCUGAGGAAGAGGAGAAGAAAGGGAAGAGUGAAGAGAAAGUCAUGGUAACCAAAAAAGUUGAGAAAAUCACUAGUGAAGGGGAUGACGGGACGACCACAUACAUCACAAAGUCUGUGACUGUCACCAAGAAGACAGAAGAGCAUGAGGAGACAGUUGCAGAGAAGUUGGUGUCCACUAAGAAGGUAGAGAAGGUCACUUCUUCACAUGCCGUAUUGAAAGAAGUUAAGGAGAGUGACUAAAAUAAUCAUUUUCUCCCCCUUCUUGGGUUGGUGCAAAAGGUUAAGCCAUAUGACAGCUGCAAAAUGCAUGUAAGUGAUGGCUUCGAAGCAGAACGGGUUCUCUCGUGGAGUCUCCAGAUCCACUCUUUCAUUUCUGAUUUUAUUUUUGUGCAAUACCCAGGGAUAUCAGGGGGAAUGCAUGCAAGCCCAAUGUGCUCCCUCUGCAGAAAUUAGAGAAUUUUUUUAAAAAAAAUGCAUGAGCUGUUAUUCUUACAGAAGAAGUUGCUGAAUUUCCUAAGCUGCUGAUGGGACGGUUCUGAGGAACGUCUUAAGAUGUAUUAUGCAAAGAAUCAACUGAGCCAAAUACAAACAAACAAUAACAAACGAAUGAAUGAAUGAGUAAUAACAAUAAUAUUAAUCAUACCCAGAACUCUCCUGGCCUUAAGCUAUUUAGUCAUUAUGUUUACCUCACUAGUGCAAUUAAGAUGGACUUUUGUUCAUGGGAGAACCUACCUUGACAUGCACAGUAUGCAACCUUUUGUUGUUUGAUGUAAAGCAGUCACAGCAAUUUGUGCUCAAUAAAGGUCAUAUUGGAAA